AUGUCAAAUACGACGACGCAGCAAGGCCUAAAUCUCCCAAAGCGCGACUCGCCCUCGCUCAAACUCGUGCACCCCACGGAAGGGGAGAAACUCCUGACAUGGCGCGCCAACGGGGCGUAUUGGCGGGGCGCGCUGAGCAUGGACGCAUACUGUCGGCGCGAAGAACAUCUGGCGACGCAGCCGUUGACGCGGCACGGGGCCAUGACGUACUGGGUGUUGGUGGAUGGGGAGGAGGAGCCUCAGACGGCGACGAUUGAGGAUGAAAAGACGGGUGAGGCUGUCCCUGCAACGAAUACCACCUCUUCAAACACAAAAGAACCCACUACCUCUACAUCAACUACCCCAAUUGCCAUCCCAAAUGGAAAUAUAGCCCCAAACACUACAUCAACUACAACCACAACUUCAAAUGGAAAUAUAACCCCAGACGAAAAUGGCCAUACAAAUACUACACCAAACAAUGGAACCAACAUAGGAACCAUAAACACAAAUACACAAACAAAUACAAAAGCAAAUACAAAAGCAGAGGCUAAAACAUCAGAUACAACAGGGACAUCGACACAGACCAAAGCGCGAACGGUACUGAGUAGUUGCGAGACGCUGCGCAAACGGGCGCUGGUGGCGCACGACAACAAGGUCGAGGACGUGGUGGCGCAGGGGGUGGGAAGUGUGUUUUGCCAGCCGCACCUGCGGGGCCAUGGGUAUUCGAGCCGGAUGAUGGACGAGUUGGCGCGGAAGUUGACGACGCAUCAUGGCGAGAGCGGCAAGUGUGCGUUUACCGUCUUGUUUUCGGAUAUUGGAAAGAAAUUCUAUGCAAAGCACGGCUGGCAUCCGUUUGAUUCAACCCAUAUUGCGCUUCCUCCUGCGGCAGCAGGUGCAGGUGCAGGUGCAGCAAACGGCGGUGCGGCAAAUGGACACGCAAAAGUUCGUGGGCUUGCGCGACCGCUUUAUGCCAACGACUUGGCGGAACUAUGCGAGGCAGACGAGCGUUUGAUUCGGAGAUACUUGACCGCCAAGGCCUCCGUUCCCGGCAAAGUCCACGUUGCACUGGUGCCGGAUGUGGAUACCAUGCAAUGGCAUCAUUCGAGGGAGGAGUUUAUUGCCGAGGAACUCUUCAAGAGAGACCCGGCCAUCAAGGGCGCCAUUGUAGGCGACGAGCCAGGCAAGAGAGUCUGGUGCAUCUGGACACGCACCUGGGCGAGCAAGGACGACGUAGAGGAUGGCGGAAACGUAAUGCAGAUCUUGCGCAUCGUUGCAGAGGAGCAUGUCCUUGCUUCGUGCAAUGAUCUUGCCGUGUCCCACCACCACGGUGUCGUCGAUGGCGUCGAUGGUCGACAAUCCACAGCCGACAGUAGCCAUCUCGAGGAAGCAAUCGUUGCCUUGCUCCUGAUGGCGCAGGACGAGGCGAACAAGUGGAAUAUGAAAGAGGUAAAUAUCUGGAAUCCGACGGAUCUCGUGGUGCGCGCAACAAGGCGCAUCCUCCCUUCAGCAGAGGUCAUUGACCGCGAGAGUGAAAGUAUUACCAGUUUGAUGUGGUAUGGAAAUGGUCUGGACGGAGUCAAGGAAUACCCAAAGAAUCUCGUCUGGGUCGGCAACGAAAAAUAUGGGUGGUGUUAA